AUGUUAACUGAUAAACUCAACAAAAAAUAGAACUAAACAAACAUGCUUUUUAUCCUUAAUAUACACAUAAAAUUAAAUCACUUGCUAAUUAUAAAAAAUUCAUAACAAAAAAAUUAAUAAUUAGUGCAUUCUUCUUUUAAUCAGGUUAUUUGUUUGAUUAUUUCUCUCGCAUAUUUAAUCUUACUAAAUAUGAUUCCUUAAAUAAAUCCUCCCUACCUUAAACAUAUUGAAUCGCAGGGUUAUGUGUUCUCUUAUAUAUUCAAGAGUCAGAUGAGCUCUAAAUUAAGAAAUGACAAUAUAUACCAGUAUAUGAGCAAACCAAUUACAGAAAUAGAUACUAUAAAUCUUUAUCCUAAAGAAGAUAAGAUACCUGACCCAUUCAAGUCUAUUCAUAAAUGGAUUUUUCCAGCAGGAAUUCGCCCUCUUAAGCCUGGAGAUGAAAAAUAUACCAAAGUGAAUCAAGUGCUGGAGUCAAAAGAUAUCUCUAAUGCAUCAAAUAUUUAAGAUAUAAACUACUUUUGCAUCAGAGAUCCUUCAAAUAACAAAAUUUAUAGAUGUGUCUCAGGAAUUUUUUAUGAAAAAAUAUCUACUAAGCAACCUAAGGAGAGAAAAACUGUAACCUACUUAGUUCCAUUCAGUUACUGUGUUAUUUCAGAGCAUUUGUUUUAUCACCCUAUGAAGCAGUUAAUUCAGAUUCUGAUAAGCGUUCACAUAAAUCCUAAUGAAUAUUAUAAUUAAAUGAAAUAGUAAGAAAAUUGUGGUAUAUUUAUCGAAUCAGUUAUAGAGGAUGAAGGAAAGUUUUUAGAUUUUUUAAUUCAAAGUGUAUUUCAUAUUUCAGAAAUUAAGGGACACAACCAUAAAUUUAAUAUUAAUUUAACCACUGAUCUAUCACAUCCUUUCCUAUCCUACUAUAAUAAAAACGAUUUAAGUUAACCAUUUCUAAAUUUAAUUUGUCCAUCUAAUAUUUCUUUUGAGCAUAUCAUAUUUAACUAAUCGCCUAGUAAUCUAUUUCAUUUAGUAAUUUGUCUAUUCUUGGAAUAUCAAGUAGUAAUAACAUCUUCAAAACAAUCCACUUCCACUUUGUUCUGUGAAAAUCUCCUCUCAUUAAUCAAACCAAUGAACUGGAAAGGAUUAUAUUAUCCAACUUAAAUGAACAGUGGAUUUGAUUAUUAGAAAUGUUUUCAACCUUUUCUUGUUGGAAUACAAAAGAAAUCAGAGGAUGGGCUUGAGAGAUUCCAAAAACAACCUAAAAAUAGGGUCAUCUACGAUCUUGAUGAAAACAAUUUCAUCUCCAAACCUGAAGAUCUUCCGAUUCCACUAAGCUAUAAAAAUUAUUUAAUAAAAAACUUGAAUUUCAUUAUUGCUGAUUUGAGGUUCUGGGAAGAACAAUCUAUAACCAUUGAAGCAGAAAUGAAAUACAAAUAAUAUUUUUACAACUUUUUUCUCCUUGUCUUUCAUGAUGUACUUAAUUAUUUCUAAAAAGGAUCUCCACCUGUUUCAAAUGUUUCCACUCCUACCCUACCACCUGAUUCAGACAAAAAAAAUACUGAUCAAAACACCAAAAAAAAAAAUUAGUCAAAUUAAGUAUCUGAUAAAAAUUAAAAAUCUGUAUCUAAUACGGCAAUACCCUAAGAUGAUGCAAAACAGCAAUUUAUUUCAUUUGGUUAAGCCUACUUUAAUUAAGAAGAAUACAUCAAAUCUUUUGGUUAGUAAGACUAGCUUUUCUUCCAAAAGGUUUGUUAAACAUAAGGAUUUUAGGAGUUUGUUAAGUAAUGCUUCAAAAGUAUAGAUUUUAAAGCAGAUUAUGUGAAAGAAAUGAGAAUGUUGGAAACAGAAUUUAGCUUCCAUUAAAUAUUUUUAUACAUAAAUGAUUGCAGAUAUUUAGCUAAGAGAUAAUAAGAUUAAACACUUAAUGAUAAAAUUUAGGAAAUAGAAUAAAUGCAAUAUAAAGUAAUACAAGGAGUUGUCCAAAAGUAAUUUUUCCCUGAAAUACAAAUGUGUAUUUCUUUAUUUUGCUAAGAUUAUUUGGAAGGUGCUCUAUAAGUUAGAAGUUUCUAAGAUAUAAAGACUACUGCAAGAAGUCAGUCAUCAAAUGAAAAAUAAAAUAAUUUCUUUUAUGGAUUAAAUUAAAAUAAUGUGCUAAAGUAGCAAUAGCCAACAAAAUUAAAUGAAGCUUAAUAAACUCUUCAGAAAGAAAACUAACUAAACAAUUUUAAUAGUCUCCAGUUAAGUUAAAGAUAAGGAAUUGAUGGAAUAGAAACAGCUCGUUCACAUGAAAGAAAUCCUUUAUUCAUGUGCGACAUAAGUAAAAUUGAAAAUAUUUAAGGUAUCAGCGCUAAUAAUAUUGACAAGCUAGACCAAAAACACUAUGAAUAAAUUAUCAAAGAAAUGAACUUAAAUGUGCCUUAAGGCUAUAAUGAUUGUGAUAAAAUUUCAACUAACGGUUCCUAUAAUGACUAAGAUGGAAAUGAAAAUACAAAACAUUUUCCAAAUAGCUUAUAACUGUUUAAUCGUUAAAGUAAUCUCGAACAACGAAAUAAUUUAGAAAACAGUCCCUAAAAAUAGCUCUAAAAUAAGUUAGGUGAAAACAAUCUAAUGUCCGAUAGACAAUAUUUAGGCAUAAGUAACUUAACAGGGAGCAAUGCAAACAAUGGAUUUAUUUUAUCUCAUAAUACCUAUCUCAAUACAUACAAUUAAGACGAUAUAACCACUUGUUCUCACAAAGCUUAAAUUUUAAACAACUUUUCUCAAACGAAGUUAUCUCCUUCAAGUUCAGUUACACAAAUAGGCUAAACCAAUAAUCUUAAUUUUCUAUCUAAUUUUGUAGAAUCUUAACAGUAAGUAAGCUAGUAGUUUAACUCUACUUAAAAUAAAUCUAGUUUUCAAUUGCAAAAUGAAAAAUCCUUAUUAUUAAAUCUCUAUUUAGGAUGCUUUGAUCUUUGGGGUCACUAUUAAGAAGAAGGAAACUUCAACAUCACCUGA